GGCUCAGACUUUGAGACCUAGCGCUCUCCAAUUUUGUACCCAAACCCUAGCUCUUUCCCCAAUUCGAUCCCGCCAACCUCGCCAUGGACAGCUCCGGCGACGAGGCCGCCGGCGCCGCCCCGGAGACCAAGAAGAAGCCUCCCGCCGCAGCGGCCAAGGGGAAGGCGGCGGGGAAGGGGAAGGCGGCCGGCGCCAAGGCGUCAGCGUCGGCCAAGGAGAGCAGCCUCCUCAAGCAGAAAUCGCCCGCCGAGUUCUUCGCCGAGAACAAGAACAUUGCAGGGUUCGACAAUCCUGGCAAAUCCUUGUACACCACAAUGCGGGAGCUAGUUGAGAAUGCUCUUGAUUCAGCUGAGUCCAUCUCAGAGCUCCCUGACAUUGAGAUUACAAUAGAAGAGAUCACGAAGAGCAAGUUCAACACAAUGAUAGGGCUAGUUGAUCGAGAGCGUGUUGAUGAGGCCCUCUAUGAUGAUUUUGAGUCUGAAAAGGCUCGUGAGAAACGCCUGGCCAAGGAAGCACGCUUCCAAGAAACUCAAGCUAAAAAUGCUGCACUUGGAAAGAAAGUUAAGGAGGCUCCAUCUGCUCGAGGAAAAGGCCGGGGCGAGGCUGCAUUUUUCAAAGUGACUUGCAAGGAUAAUGGUAGAGGUAUGCCACAUGAUGAUAUCCCAAAUAUGCUUGGGAGAGUUUUAUCUGGCACAAAGUAUGGUUUGAGGCAAACACGUGGGAAAUUUGGACUUGGUGCUAAAAUGGCACUUAUAUGGUCAAAGAUGAGCACGGGACUUCCUAUUGAAAUUAAUUCAUCAAUGAAAGGCCAGAAUUAUGUUUCGUUCUGUCGCCUCGACAUAGAUAUUCACAAAAAUGUCCCUCAUGUUCAUUUACACGAGAAAAGAGAGAACAAAACUCAUUGGCAUGGGGCAGAGAUCCAAGUUAUAAUUGAGGGAAAUUGGACAACACAUCGUUCAAAGAUCCUCCAUUAUAUGCGUCAGAUGGCGGUCAUCACACCAUACGCUCAGUUCCUGUUUAGAUUUCUAUCUGAUGCAGCAGACAAAAAUUUAACAAUAAAGUUUGCACGCCGGACAGAUGUUAUGCCUCCUGUUCCACUUCAAACAAAGCAUCACCCAUCUGCUGUUGAUUUAUUACUGAUAAAGCGCUUAAUCGUGGAGACUACAAAGCAAAACCUUUUGCAGUUUCUGCAACAUGAAUUUGUGAAUAUAAGCAAAUCGCAUGCUGAACGUUUAAUUGGGGAGAUGGGACCUGAUUUUAGUCCGAAAAUGACAGUUAAGAGCCUUACGCCACAGCAAUUAGUUCGAAUACAUCAAUUAUUUCGGCAGGCUAAGUUUGAUGAUCCCAGCGGCAAUUGUCUUAGUCCUGCAGGUGAAUAUAAUUUACGCCUGGGUAUCAUAAAAGAGCUACACCCUGAUAUGGUUGCAACACAUGCAAGCAGCCCUCAGGUUUUUGAAGGUCAUCCAUUUAUUGUUGAAGCUGGGAUAAGCAUUGGUGGAAAAGAUGUUAAACAAGGUCUAAAUAUUUUUAGGUUUGCAAACAGAAUACCACUUCUUUUUGAACAAGGUGCUGAUGUCAUCACAAGAACUGCUCUAAAAAGGAUCAAUUGGAGCAGCUACAAAAUUAAUCAGCAGCAAGAUAAGAUUGGUGUCUUUGUGAGCAUUGUGAGUACAAAGAUACCUUUUAAAGGAACUGGAAAGGAGUACAUUGGGGAUGACAUAACUGAAAUAUCAUCUGCUGUUAAGUCAGCCCUGAAGCAGUGCUGUCUUCAACUGAAGUCUAAGAUUGUGAAGAAACUUCAGGCUCGUGAGCGUCAGGACAGGAAAAAGAACUUGAACAGAUAUAUUCCUGAUGUUGCAAGAGCGAUUAUGGAGACUCUGGUAGAAAUUGCAGAUGAAUCUCCCCCGAAACGGCCGCGUUAUGAUAAAGAAGACGAGGAACUCCUUGAGAAGAUAAAUUCUGAGGAGGUGACAGAGAUGACCUUCAAAGAUUGCUUGACUCAGCAUGUUGAACAGGUUGAUUACGAAAUGGCACUGGACUAUGCCAUGCAGAGUGGGGUGAGCGAGGAGCCUCGAGAAGCAAUAUACUUGAACUCGCUUGAAGGAUCCUACAAGUUUGUUGACUUUCAAAGUCCUGUAUUUGUGUUCAGAUUUAUUCCUUAAAAGGGAAACUUACACGUCCAUCUGCUCGGUCGAUCAAUACCAAGUUCCCAUCAUUAUUAAGAUGGAAACUGUACAUCAAUCAUAUUCCCAUUGUACCUGACUUAAGCUAUUUCGGCUCUCAGCCAUAGUUGUAACACAUACAUUACAAGUUGCUAUGUAGUUUCAAUCUAGGAUACCCCUGUAUGUUGCAUUUAUAGAGGAAAUAAUAUUUUUACUACAUGUGAUUCACAUCGGUGUGGUGGGCUUUAAA